GAAAAGAAACGCCCCUGUUUGGAUCGUAAACAACUGCACAGAUGCAGAGACGAGCAGGGUAUCGAAACUGAUUUCAGAUCGGUUUGUAUUUCACAGAGAGGGGUCUCGGGUCGAUGGUUGAGCAGCUCUGGGAACAGAUAUGAGCGCUGCGCGUGCACGCGUUUAUAGAUGCGGACUAUUGUAACAUCAUUACAGAGACUAAAUCAGUUAUGGGAGAGUCCGAGACAAGGAAGUCUGUAAGAUGGAAAGAGAUGAGCACAAUAACCCAGACCACAGAGGACAUCAUUACAUCUUACCUAACAACCUCUGAUGAGAACCAGAACAAGCUGCAAGAGGCAGAGGUUAUGGAUUUGGAAGCUGUUAAACACGACUCAGAGAACAGGAACCCAGAAGAAGGGUCUCCAACAAACAUCAAGAGCCACAGUUGCUCUUUAGUUCAUGGUCGUCUCUCUGGGAUUGUGCCACCUGGACCUAGUCCUUCUCUUCUGGCUUCACUGCAGUCCCUUGUUGAAGAGAAUGAUCACAUGCUCCUCCCUCAUUCCUUACACCAGAUAGCAGAGAGCUACUUCCUUGAAGAGGACUAUCAGUGGGCAGUGGAGUUUCUGCAUCUUGAGAAGCUGUACCAUGAGAGACUGCUGUCUAAUCUGGCCUCUAUACAAGAGAAAUGGGAGUCCCAGAGGAAAAUCAGCAUCCAAACCGAAAGUAACUCUCCUUUAAACGCUAAUGGAACGGACAGAGAGCGAGAGCAUAUGGAAGUGUUGAGUCAUAUCUGCAGAACACACCAGAGGCCUAACCUCUCUCUGGAAAAGAACAUGGAUGACAUAAAACUACAAAACAGCCCAUCCCAUGUGACAGAACACAGAAGAUCAAAACAAGUACAAGCUUCAGUGAACUCAACCGAGAGAGAAAACAGGGCGGACGACUGCUCAUGGCUGGAAGCUGAACAGGAGCCAGAAGAGAACUGUGAACUGAAUGAGAACGAGGAGGAGGAGGAGGAGGAGGAGGAAGGUCUUGAGGAGGACGAGUGUUGGAAUGAGGAGCUGCAGGACGAUGCAGACUUUGAUGGCCAGGUUCCUGUGGAUGAGUUGGACAACCUCAUUCAAGUAAAGGAGAUGUUUCCCUCAAAUGGCUUAGUCUCUAUUUUAAAGAAGAGAGUCUGCGUCAUGGAGACAGAGAAUGCAACUCAACAAAAACAUUCAACCAAACGCAAGGUCCACUUCAGAGAGCCAGAUGAUGCUUUCGAUCAAGAUCAAUCGGCUGGAAACUCUUGCCUUGUCCUUCUCCUCUUGUGUCUGGCUACCGUGGUGAUUAGCAUGGGUGGGACUGCUCUUUAUUGUCUCGUUGGAGAGGCGUACUCUAAUGUGUGUGUGGACUUCUCACAAAACGUGGAAUUUUACUUUGGACCUGUACGACGAGGAGUGGACGCUUUCACACAGUGGCUCUCUUCUGGUGCAUCAUAGCAGCUAUUUUAUGCUAACUGAAGUGGAACUCUUUCUGUAUACUACCAUUUCCGAUGAUAAACAACAGUAUUCCUCUUGAGAUAAUAUGCACUAAUGCACAUUACCAGACAGGCCUUAAUAAAUGAUUCUUUAGUGAGUCUAUACAAACCACAUAGGGCUUCCUAAUGCAUAUAAAUACAUUUGUGAUAAGUAUUUAAUAUUGUUACUAAAACAUGCUUAUUAGAGAUCAUAUUAAUAUACCACCAGAGCCAUUCCUCUGAUCAAUAACUACAUGCAUUGAGCCAGUAACAUUGUUUUUGUACAUUUUAGUACUCUAUUACACUACUUCCAUGGUUAUCUUUGUAAUGUAUAUUUUUAUUUCGAGAUAGAGUGACUUGGCACUUUUCAAUGGUGCCGUAACCACUGAAAUUCAUACAGUAUCAAUCAACGUGAAUAAGCAAAAAUGGGUGUAUGUAGCAAUGUUAUAACUUAUAGGAUAUUAACUUAUCAAAGAAAUGGCUUUAUGAUUGACAUAUAACGGAUAGGCUGAAUAAUGAUAAUCGAUCAGUUCUGAUUAGAUAAUGUGUUUGCUAUUCAAGCACUGCUCUUGUGGUCAGCUGGUACAAAAUAAAUCUGAAAAUUGUAUAAUUGUAUGAAAGACAGCAAGCAGUCAAUUUGUUUUAGAUACAAACAUGUUUUAUGUUCAGCAGUCAAAGUGAGUGUGAGUUUUUGUGUUAUCAAUAAUAGGGGGUCUUAAAUUUUAAGUGUUUUAAUGUUAUGCUCAGAAUUAGAAUCCUGUUUUGUUGUAUGUCUUUCUUUUUUCCUUUCCAAAGUAGUACACAUGAAAUCUCUGAAUUAUGACUGGAAAUAUAUUUUGGAAGUGGG